UCCGUGUUGUUACGCGUGCGUGCGUGCGUUAGUAAAUUUGCAUCAACAUAAAUUUCUGUGCCGCGAAAAUGACAACGCGAGAUGACAAUUGCGCGCGUAGUAUACACACGCAGUUCCCGUCUGUGCGCGGUUUGUAAUAAAGAGAAGCAAAAAGCUCUCUCGGUCUUUGGCCGCACGCCAGUUCGUUCGAAAUAAUGAAACGCGGUAAUAAUUCGCAAAAUGUCAAGUCCGCAUUAUGUCGCGAGCAUGAUGCACGCGGUUGGAUUGCACUCGGCGCUGGCCAUCAAGCGUCAGCGAAAGCGCCGGGAUGAGCAGCGUCGCGCACGCGAACGUCGUUAUAGCGCGCAAUCGGGCGAAAGCGGCUUGACGUCGCCUAGGGCCUCGACAGGAUCGCUGGAUCACCAUGGCAGGCACCAUAAGGGUCCGCACGGCGCGGCGCGCAACGCCGGCCAAGGUAUGCUUGACACGAAGGUAGUCACCUCGAUCGGAAUGCUACACAUCGGCGUGGUGUUCCUGGUGCUGGGCGCGUUCUUGCUGAUGAGCGGUCUGCUGCCGGGCGAUCUCGCCCACUGGGGUACCAAGGCUUCCGGCGGUUGGUGGAAUGAGCUCGUGGCGGUUGGGCUGUUCGCCAUACUCGUCGGCAUUUUCCUUAUCGUGUUGAACCGGGUAAUCGCCAAGAAAGAGGAGGAUGAUCUCGAGGAGUAUGUGCAGCGCCAGCUCACUCGAUCCCGAUCCGGUCAUCGUUUGGAGAGAGACGUGGAAACCGGCGGACUCACCACCCGUCACGCCAGAAGGGCAAAGCAGAUGAAGCAGGUCUCAUCUGACACUUGCAUUGAGAUUAAGGACGGAAAGGACGUGAGCGGCGAAACACCACCGAGAAGUCCGCCGCCAGCAUACACGCCGCAAGUCAACGGCGGUGAUACCCAGGCGGUACAGUCGGCUCUGUAUCUGGAGCAGAUCACCGAGGAAGAGAUCAUUAGCGACCGCGUCGAGACCUCGACCACCAACAGCCUUAGUCCGGGCUCGCCAAGCGAGACCAGGGAACUGCUGCAGAACGUGCGAUAUUCGAAGCAGAACGGGAAUCCGCAACAAGUUCACCGGCCGCUUUACAUCUCCAAGAUUUAGACGAUAGAAUAAGAAGAGAAGAGAAAAAAAAUUUUACGUAUGAGAAUUCUGUAAGAACGAAACGCGCGAUAAUCAGUUUAAGUCAACGAGUUAACUUGGAUGAGUGUGAUUUUGUCGCGUAUGAGUUCUGUAUUUAAGUACGUACACACGUAACUCGCCGUAAGUAUCUCAUAUAAAGAAAACAAUCUUUUUACCCAAACUUCUGUCGCAAAAGCAUUUUCCAAUAAACAGUAUUUAUCUAAGUAUUUCUGUCGAUACUCGUGAACGAGAGAGAAAUUCGCAUGAGGAUAUAUUUUAUCCUAAGAUCUGUACAAUAAAUAAUAUACGAGGUGAGCGCACAAAAUUGUUAAGUUCGAGAAAAAUGACGUGACACGUCAAACUCGCGCAAAAAAAAAGAUAAAUGCUAAAAUAAUCUAUCUAAUAUUGGAAUGUCUGCGCGCAUGUAAGUUAAUACAUCUAGCGAUGAUGUCAUACGUGACGGUACUUAUAUAAGUAUUGCAAAUCACUAAAGUACGCGAUAAUGUGCCGACAUAAUGUCGCGUUUCUUCCAAAGAGAGAGCAAUAGGACUUGUAAUCGAUUUACGAAGCGCGAGAAGAGCAAAUAUUUCGAUAAUCAAUAUCCUUUGCAAAUAAAGAAGUAGGAAAAAUAAAGAAAAUCUUCAAGGACCAAGAACACUACUCAAAGAAGAUCAUAUCGUAACAAGAGACACGAGAUUUUGCAAAACAAUGCUGUUAAAGAUACAUUCCAUAAAAUAUAUCUAGGAAAUACUCGAUAAAUAUAUUCGAUAAAUCAAUGAAGAGGCAUUUAUAUAAAAUUAUAAAAAUCAAUCUGUAUAAGACAUGAAUGAUGGCGCGUAUAUUAUAUUUAUACGGAUAGUCUUUUUUAUUUUUUUUUGUACGU